CAACAUAGCGAGAUGCCGAACAUUCCGUUCCUACUCAGUGUCUCCAUCGGACCGUGGCUUCGGCAGUCCUAUAUAAGGACCUCGAUGGCCAUGGUCAAAAUUCACUCCCAUUGUCAAACGCUCAUAGAGCCUCGAAGCGUGCUAUAUCUUAAUACCUUGAACACCUGUUAUCCCUUUACCAAAGUUUCGGUCAAGUCCACCAAGAGUUCAAGAUGCAGAGGAUAGUUGUUGUCGGGACCGGUUUUGCUGGAAUGUGGAGUGCCCUUGCUGCCAUGCGGUUGAUUGACCGACACGGAGGGAAAGCUGCCGGCAUUGAAGUCACUGUCGUUUCACCAGAGCCAAGACUAGUUAUGCGUCCUCGCUUGUAUGAAUCAGGCGCGAAAAACAUGAGUGCUGCACUUGAUGAUCUCUUCCGUGUUGCAGACAUCCAGUUUGUCAAAGGCACAGUUGAGACCAUUUGCGUCCCGGAACGCCUGGUGAAGGUUGUGGACCAGGCUGAAGCGUGCUCGGCUCUCUCCUAUGACCGGCUCAUCCUGGCAGCUGGCAGCCGCUUGAGACGUCCAAAUAUCCCCGGGCUUCGUGAGCACUCAUUCAGCAUCGACCAACUUGGGGAGGCGGCAGAGUUUGAGGCUCAUUUGCAGAGUCUAGCAUCCCUUCCUCCUAGCUCCGCUCGCAAUACGGUUGUCGUUGGAGGCGGCGGUUUCACGGGUAUCGAGAUCGCAGCCGAGCUUCCCAAUCGCUUACGUUCGAUUCUCGGUCAGGAUGUGGAAGUGCGCGUCGUCAUUGUCGAACAGGCUACUGAAAUAGGCCCCGAACUGGGGGCCAACCCACGACCAGUCAUCGUCCAAGCCCUCGCAGAGCAAGGAGUGGAAACAAAGCUUGGAGCAGCAGUUAAGUCAGUGGACGACAAAGGCGUGGUGACUACCAGUGGCGAGCGCAUCGAGUCCCUCACGGUUCUCUGGACGGCUGGCCUAGAAGCAACCCCAUUGACCCAGCAGAUACCAGGCCUGAAAGACAAAUGCGGCCGUCUCCACGUCGAUGCAGAUCUGCGUGUCGCAUCCGCGAAGGAUAUCUUCGUGGCAGGCGAUGCAGCCUUGGCCGAAACAGAUGGCGACGGCCACUAUGCAAUGAUGUCCUGUCAGCAUGCCACGUCUCUUGGCCGUUUUGCCGGGCACAAUGCUGCUGCGGAUCUGCUGAAAGUUGCGACUAAGCCGUAUUCUCAACCUACUUAUGGAACGUGCCUUGAUUUGGGCCCAUGGGGGGCAGUUGUCACUGAGGGUUGGGAUCGCACGGUCAGGUUCAAAGCAUCCGUGGCUAAACCGAUCAAGAAAAACAUCAAUCGCGUGGUGAUAUAUCCACCUACUGCGAACCGUGCGGAGGCGUUUGCUGCUGCUGACCCCGACAGCCCUGGUCCUACUUUGACUUGA